AUGGAGAACGAAUUCAAUGCCGACCCCUUCUUCAACGAUGGACCCCUCCAGCAGAUUAACGAAGGUUCACUUCAGCAGAUUGAUCAAAUAGAUCCUGCCGGGGUAGGCAUCGAUGCGCUUAAUAAUGUGCCCUUACCAGUCAACCCUCUCAUCGUUCAAAGAAUCCUCAAUCUCCAUCAAGGUGGCUCUUCGACUCGCCUCUGCUGGUCACGGCAAGGUCAUAUCGCAAAUAUAUCUGAGGACGGCAGCAGUAUCGACCUACACUGCCUAGUCUUUGACCGGACCAGGCGUACCUGGGUUGUUGGUGCAAAGCGAACUGAACAUGUUGGACUUGGUGAAUUGGCCAGCCUUGCCUGGAGUCCUAUGGCAACCGACAUAGCCGUUGUUGACACCCGAGGACGUUUGUCCAUUCUCCGACCCACAGGCACUGCUGCCAAUCGUCUUUCGGAAGUGCGGUCUGGCACAAUAGACGACAUACAGGAUCUAGGGCAGGCUAUUGGUAUGGGAUGGCUCAGCCAGGACAGAGCAGAACGCCCUAAGCAGGUGGUUCAGUUCACGUCUAAGCAGGAAGGCGGUGAUAAAUGGGUUCAUAACCUAGUCAAGGCCAUGCCGAUGCAACCUCUCUACCAGCGAGCCAUUGUUGUGAUUAACAGGCAAGGAACAAUGGCUCUUGUCUACGAAAAGCCGGAUUCAACAUUCGCCAAAACAACCAGUCAACUUGCUCCAAAAACUGAUACGAUAUUCACUCAUGCAGCAUUCUCGCCCACUACCGAAGGCAAGCUAAUGGUUGCUCUUCACGCUCACGACGGAACCCUAUCGGCGUAUCAUGUCUCAAUUGACUUUUCCCCCAUGAGACAGGACCCAGAUGCCUUGCCUUUACUGAACUCCCAGCUCGCCGCCAGCAGAUUCCCACGGAUCGGCAACACAAGCAUUGAUGGCCAAAUGUACGAUUCAGACUCACAGUGUUUGACACAUCUCGGUAUUAUACCUACCUCGGAAAUAGAGAAAACGGCACCCCAGCCACCUACCGUGUACGGAAUCUACGCCAACAUCAAUAAGAACAUGGGAGCUACCGAUGGCGGGUUCAUUUCAUCUGGUACCAUCCGUCGUUGGACGCUGUCCUCCGUUCAUCAGACUCUACUGCCCAAAUUCAACCACCUACCCGACAAAGCCACUAACUCCGCACCUGUCUUCACAACCUCCGUUCAACUUCUUCCUGAAAAAGAAGAGCAAGGCAUCACUAACGCUGGUGUUCUUGACAAUGGCCAAGGUCUAUUUAUCACUACUCUCGAUGGUCGGACUGACUUCCUGGCUACCGAAGAUCUCUCCUCUCUUUCCUUCGCCGCGUCCGAAAACACGACAUCUUCCCUCGCUCAAUCCGGCUUCAAUUUCCCGCUGCUCUCAAACCAAACCUCAAUCUCUCUCUCACCCAACGUUUGCUGCUCUGCUGUACUGUCUCCAGCUUCCACCGUCUCUCUUGUCCCUGCGGACUUCCACCCUCCUACUGCCGAGUCCAGCCAGUCAUUGGAUCCAACCUCUUCCUCAGCCGAUGCCGCCGCAGCUGUAAUAGUCCUCUCAUUCGCCCGCUCAUGCUGGACAAAUUCCAACAUCGAUGACCUCUUAUCCAUGGUCCUACACACCUUCUCCGCCAGUAUGGCCACUCCUCUCAUCGUCUCUCUCUAUCACACACUCUUCCGCGAGGGCGAGUUCAUGCACGAGAAAGAUUCCCGCUCAGAACUCGAAAAGGUGGUCCAGAAGCCCGUCCUCACCAAAGUGUUCUCGUUUCAUUACGGCGUGGCUUUUCUUUCCAUCAAAGACGUACCACCAAGUUCACCCAUCCCGCUGUCUGCACAGUGGGUGUGGGUGGCUGCUAACCUUAGAUUUGUUGCGCAACUGCUGUAUAUCAGCAUACGGGAGGUACAGAACCCAAGCGCGGAGCCAAGUUCAGAACUUGUGGAGAUGGUGUGCGGCAAUAUCAAAUGGACACUUGAUCUGGUGCGAUAUAUUGCGGCGAGCAUCUUUGAGGUAUCAGAUCGAGAAACUAAUCCGGAAUUCUUCGAUAAACCUCAAGGUGGGCAUGUCGUGGAUGGGAGUCAGGGGCUCGUGGCAUUGCUGCUGAAUUGCCAUUGGAGCAGGCAAUUCUUCAUCGCAAUCGUGAGAGCGAUGAGAGUGUUGUGUAAAUUGCCCGAGCCGAGGAGUGCGCAACAGACUGAGAUCAUUCGUACCAUAAUGCAGUGGAGUCAAGGAAAAGGAUUGAGUCUGAUUGCGGUAGAGGCGCUACUGGAUCCGAGAUGGAGUGGAUGGGCGGAUAAUGAGCUUGAAGGAGAUCUGGCCAAGAUCAGUUCCAGACAGAUCCGAAUGAUGGCAACUGGGGUGGUAGAGGGGGGAUUCCAAGGUACGGUGAGGAGGGUGCUGGGAAAGCUGUUCAACGUUAAAGGUGGAAUGAGGGACAAGGGAGCGGUGGACAGAUUGAAGUUGUGGAGUCACAAGGUGGAUUUAGGUUGGGUACUGCUGGACGAUGAGUGGGAAGGAGCGAGACCAGAGGGCAGGAAGAAGAGAGUGUUUGAUGUGCACAAGAAGAAGGUCAUCACGAAGGGAAAGAGAGAGAUUAUUUCCGGAGAGUCAGGCGAGGAAAUGAUCAAGCGAUGUGUGAGGUGUGGGCGGCACAACGAGGACGUCAAUGGGAUGGGCAAAGAGUUCCCGAGGCAUGUGGCGGGUUUGAUGAUGCGAUGUGUUUGUGACGGGCCUUGGAUCGUCGAGCCAUGGGCAAAAGCCAUCACCUAG